AAAAGGUAGGUUAAGUCAAGUGUGUGUGUGCAGCGUUCUGUGCCGUCGUGGCUGUACAAAGGUGCGCAUGCGCACUCGAGGGGAACUCUUCGACCACGCAGUCGCCGUCCAGUGAAAAGCAUCAGGGCUCGUGGAAAAGAAAUUGCGGUAGUAAACAAAUUCCCGUGCACAGAAUAAUUGCAAACGGGUCGUUACAAAAAUGGCGAGGUACCUGAGGCCGCCUAACACGUCUCUCUUCGUUAGAAACAUCGCCGACGACUCCAGGCCAGAGGAUAUUCGACGUGAGUUUGGUCGUUAUGGGCCUAUAGUAGACGUCUACAUUCCACUUGACUUCUAUACACGCCGGGGAAGAGGAUUUGCUUACAUUCAGUUUGAAGAUGUCCGGGAUGCAGAGGACGCUCUUCACAACCUGGACCAUAAAUGGGUCUGUGGGCGUCAGAUUGAGAUCCAGUUUGCCCAGGGGGACAGAAAGACUCCGAACCAGAUGAAGACCAAGGAGCGCCACUCCCCUCGCAGUUCCUCCCGCCACGACGACGAUCGGGACGGCCGCCGAAGACGUUCCAGGAGCCGCAGCUACGAGCGCCGCCGGUCCCGGAGCCCCUCCCAUGAGCGCCGUCCACGGCGAUCUGAAAGCCCAAGAGAAUCUCUGUCCUACAGUCGACACAGGCGGAGCAGAAGCCAUGAAAACGACAAGUUCAGAGGGCCUCCUCGGGAGCAGCACAGGGCUCCACGUCAACCGGUCUCACGUAGCCACUCUGCAUCCCGCUCCCCUGCACCCUCCAGGCCCAUGCCCAAAGGUAAAAAGAGCCCGUCCAGGUCCCACACCCCGGCUGAAGACUACCAACCCACUGCCAGUUCUCUGAAGCAGCCCGUGGGACGAUCGCCAUCCCGCUCCUACUCGAGAUCCAUGUCCCGCUCACGUUCUCGCUCCAGGUCCUGGGCUGGACGCAAGUCGGGAGGCCACUGACUGUCUGCCCCCCCCCAAUGCUCCGUUAAUCUGUCUCCGUUCAGUUAGAACUAUUAGGCCGUUGGCAUUGGUUUAGCUUCACUUAAAGGAGUAUGUUGCCAAAGGGGGAGACGAGAGCUGAUAUUUCUUUUAGUGAAAAGGGUUUUGUUCCAAAGUGAUAGGUGGUCAGUUUCUUUUUUUGGGACUCUUAAUGGUUGCUGCAGGAGAAAACAUGUUAGUUUGGCAUUGCCAAUAAUAUUUUUGUACUUUUGACUUCCAUAUUUGUUUAAUGUCUUUAUGGCUAUUUGUUUGAACUAUACAAAUAAAAAUUGCAUUUUACUUCAGGCCGACUUCAGUAUUUACCAACUAUGCUGCCCAGCGUUUACAGCAGGCACCAGUUAAACUGCAGUAGCUGUAAUUAUAUUGGCUGAUGUAUUGAAUGCAGUUAGUUGCCAUUGUCCAGUAUGCUAUGUGACAGUAUGAUUAACUGAAUUCAUUUAUGUACUUUGAGUGAAACAUUUGAAUAUUUCAAAUGUGCCGUUAGUACUGUUCUAGUUUUACUUGGUAUGCUUUGAAAAAUAAAGACAUUUUACAACCUAA